AUGCGAGAGGAAUUCGCGAUCCGCUGCCGCCGCGCCCAGCGCUUCUACCCCUCGUGUCUGUACUCGCCGUUUCGGCACGGUAUUUUGAAUGGAAAGGUAGCCCUGGUAACUGGUGGCGCAUCAGGAAUCGGCCUCGGCAUCGCGCGGUCUUUGGCAAGCGCCGGGGCGAUCGUCGUCAUUGCUAGCCGAAAACUGGCCACCGACCGCGUCGCGCAGCAGCUGUCCGAGAGCAGCGACGGCACCGUCUACGCCAUCCAGCUGAACGUGCGCUACCCGGACGCGUACGCGGACCUGUUCGACAGGAUCGAGAAAUUAGCCGGCGCCCCAUGCAACCUGUUGGCCAACUGUGCGGCCGGAAACUUUGCCGCCCCUCCGAGAACAUUGACCACCGUGGAUUUUGGG